UGUAAUUUUUUGUAAUUAUUUUCCCGACUAUUUUCAUAUAUUUCUAUUUGUCAUUUCUAAUAGUUUUCAUACUUUUUUCCCAGACAAUAAACUCAAUGGAGGAUUCGCGUGGAAUUCCCAAACAGCGAGUGCCCGGUAGCCAACCCAAAGAUACGAUCAGCAGCAGCAGCGACUCUGGGCACGGCAUGAGCAUGGCCGAGAAGCUAGCGAUGGACUCGGCCAAGGAGGCUGGGUGGAAGAUACGGUGGCCGCACAUUCGGAUGAUGUCGCAGUCACCCGACCUUACAACAACACCACCACCACCAGCAGCAGCAGCUUCUGCUGCCUCUUCUCUCUCUAAUCCGAUCCCAGGUCUAGCGCCGCAACCGAAGCACUCUGCGGCAAAGAGCACCGUAGGCGCGUGGACGCAGGUGUUGGGUUUUAUUGCGGAGCUGAUCGAGGUGUUUGAGACCAAGCACGAGGAGCGGGCCAGCACAGCAGCCGCAGCAGCCACAGCAGCAGCAGCAGAGGAAGAAGAGGAGGAUGAGGAGGGUGAGGGCGUGGACGCACAGGACUCAAUGUCCGAAGUGAGCCCGCAGGCUCACCAUGAAGCAAGCAGCAGUCCGCCCGGGCGCACAGUGCAGUUUAUGCGUGCGCACCCGCUGCUCUGCCUACUGCUUGGGUGGGCGCUGCUGGCAGCGACCGACUGGCUGGUGACCAGCAAAGCCAUCCCACACUUGCUCACACUGCUGACGCAGUCUGCCUGGCACUCGCCGCCGCCGCUGCCGAGCAUCGUGCUUCCAUUUGACGCGCCCUGGGGCAGCACCUGGAGUGGCAGCUCGCAGGCGCACUUCACGCAGUGGCUUGCGCUCCGGUGGGAAUCGCUGCGGCUGGGCGUGGAUGAUAUGGGAUGGCGCAUGCAGUGCGCGGCGGUUUACGGACUUUCGGGCUUUGCCUGUGGGCACGCUCUGCAGUGGGCAGUGGUUGCCUGCGGAUCACUCGUUGUGCUGAGGAAAUGCCUGAGAGUGGGCGUGCGGCCGACUGUCGCGUACGUCGCGUACUUUGGCGUUGCGCAUUUGGCGCUGUCUCGCGUUGUGCUGCCGCCCGCCGGUGGUGGCGAGGCGACCGGCAGUUGCGAUGCGUUGGAUUUGGUCGCCACGUGUGCGGACGCUGCACCGUAUUGGUGCGCCGAGGAUGUCUGCCGCGUGGCUGCAGUGGCGUCGGUGGCCGGUGGUGGCAGCGGGCGGGCGGGGUUGCCUGCGCACUCGCCGUUUGCCGAUGCCGUGGCGGCGGCGGCGGCGCAGGGCAGGUCGCUCGAGGACCGGCGGCGGCAGCGCACCCGGCGGCUGCACGCCUGGCGCCAGGCAGCCACCAAGGGCUCCCCAGCCACUGAUAACAUCCGCGUUAAUUUGAUUCUGGCACUUGCGACCAUCGCAGCAUUCAUCUGUGCGGCGCAGCGCGUGCGCAUCCCCGGCGUCUCCUUUGUGCGAGCCUUUGCACUGUUCUCGCUUUUGGACUAUGCCUGCCGCCGCACGCUCGCUACGCUGUGGCCCUCGGCCGGUGAUCGGUAUCUGCGGGGCGGCCGGAUGACCAAGUGGUUGGCCUUCCACGUGCUUGGGGUUUUCGUUCUGAUGGUGGCGAGGGAGGCGGCGAUGCGCGUGCUGGCGAUGCGCGUGUGGUAUCGGACUGUCGUGCAUGAGCGCAGGAAGGACGGCAUGGCUGUGCUGGGAAGACGCAGAAGGAACGUGGCCGGUGUGCGGUUGGUGCGUAAUUACGCGGGGACGUCGGCGAGCCAAGCGCGAUCAAACCAGACGCAGUCUAAUCAAGCGGCUUCGGCAGUGGCGGCGGCGUACGCGCACCGUGUGUGCUUUCUUUGCCUCAGCGGGUUCUGCGAGAAGUGCCUUUUGUCUAUGGAGAUCUGGCCCACUACCGCCGCUGCUGUCCCCACAGCCGAUCUCCACUCGUUGGCAGAGGCGUCCGGGUCCAGGCGUGGGCGGUCGCGGUCUAAGCAGAAUGCCCAGCAUGUGGAUCCGAUUCUUGUCGAGCCGGCUAACGGCCUCCCGUCGCUGCGCGACUCGCUGCUGACCAUAGGACUGCUCGGCCCCUCUGCAGUGGCUGCUGCUGCUGCGCCGCUGCCUUCAGUGUCGUCGUCGUCUUCGAAGCGGGCAAGCAAGAUGGUUGAUUUCUGGAUGACCUGCAGCGUAGCCCACUGCCCUUGCCGCCCAACGCACGGACUCGGCCCUUCGUCAUUUGUGCCCAAGCCGAAGCCGACGCCAGCAGCCGCAGGGACAACAGCGAGGCCAAGGCAGCCUCAGCCUCAGCCUCAGCCUCAGCCUUUUUUUGUGCAGCAGCAGCAGGGCGCAGUGCAUCUUUCCUUGUCCCAAUAUUUUGACGAGCUGAGGGCAUUGGGGCUCGUGCGGGCGGUUGACGCCAGCAUCUGCAGUGUUAGUGGCUGCGACCCUUCAGCGGCCGUACUGCCGUUGAUCUUUGGGCGCUUCACAGUGCCCGAGUACCCGCAGUCGCUGGCCGCCGCGGCGCAGCUCAUGGUGCCAUCAUCGGGUUCCUCCCUGGUUACUGCGACGGCGGAUAAUGUUCUUGAGGCAGUUACUGAGCAACUUCGGCGCAGAGCAGCGUUUUUGGCGCCAGAUCAGCCUAGAGCGCGUAUCCUAAAUGUGGAUACGCCAUUGGCUGUGGCGCGCAGUGCGGUGGAUUUGGAGAGAUCAUUUGCGCUGAGUCUUACGUCGAUGGGAGUGGCCGGUGGUUGCGAGGCGCAGGUGUCGGUGCUGCUGACGCCUUGUUUGGCUCAUCUGUUGUUGGCUCAUGAGGUGACUGCGCAUACGGCUGUGGUGAGUGUUCCGCCGGUAUUGGCGCCGUGCACUGCUUCUUCUUCGUCAUUACGACCACCUCAGCAGCAGAACCAGCAGCCUGGGGCCGAUGCGUAUUAUGAUUUUGUGCGCGUGCAGGUGCCGCGACACGACAUUGUGCUGCGCGUCAAUGGGCAGCGAUGGCCGCAACAUCAGAUCUCAGCACUGCAUGCGCCGAUAAUUAUUCGCGGAUUGGUUCCUGGAAACUCCUAUACAGUGUGUCUGACCAUAUUGGGCAUGCGCAGUGCGGAGCUGUACAUUAGGCCAAGUGAUUUUUUUGGCGGAAAUAAUUCUGGAAACACUGGUGAUCUUACUGCUGCUGCUGCUGCUGCUGGGGGCCUCCUUGGGGGGAGGAAGAAUGUUGAGGGGGUGCGCGCAGAGUUGAGAGACUUGGGUAAGCGGCUUUCUGCUGCUGAUUUGGAUAUACGCAAGAUGAACCGGGGCAUAGAAGGCAUUUCCCCUACUGAUACUGCUGUUGCGGGCAAUGCUGGUGGUACUGGCGAGCUGGGCGCGGCGCGGACGCGGUUAGAGAGACAACGCGCAGAGUCACAUAAACUGGACGCUAGACGCCGACAACUCACACGGACACUCGAUCAGUUGAAUUCCCAAGUAGCAGUUCUGUGCAAUGAACUAGAACAGCUUACUUCAUCCAGCACUUCGACUCUAUCAUCUUCACUAUCCCCACCGCCUUCUUCUUCGCUGGAGGAUAUGUCUGUGACGUAUCAGGAGGAACACGCUUUUUUGGUGAAAAAACUCCAGGAGGAUCGUGAUGGACGCGCGAAAGAUUUGCGUAAAUUGACAGAGCGGAGAUCGCAGCUCAUCCGGGUGGUUGAGGAAAAGUCACGCAGGGCUGGGGAGGCAGAGCGUAGGGCUGGGGAAAUACGGAGGAUGGUUGAGGAGGUGCAGAGGGGGAUUGAGGGCGCUAGGGCGGUGGGAGUUCAGGUUGGACGCAAGGUGAGAGAGACUUCACUGUUGAUGCCGCCACCGGUGAUGGUGGAUUUGGAUCUGUUGAAAAGGCAGGUAGCAGAGAUUCGUGGGAUGAUUGUGAAGGAGCGCGAAUUGAUUAAUAAAUAUUAAUAAUAUCGAGU